UUGUCCUUUGUAGCUGGGGGUUGUUGAUAUAUUUAUCCCAAUCGGUGUGGAAUAUGGCUCAGCAUGGUCACCAUGUAGCCAGUUCCCAAAAAGCACUAAUGCUAGAAAUGAAAAGUCUUCAAGAUGAGCCAGUGGAAGGUUUCAAAAUAACUUUAGUCGACGAGUCGGACAUGUACAAUUGGGAAGUGGCAAUAUUUGGACCCCCAAAUACACACUACGAAGGUGGUUAUUUUAAGGCCCGGAUGAAGUUUCCUAUCGACUACCCUUACGCCCCCCCUGCCUUCCGCUUUCUCACCAAGAUGUGGCAUCCAAACAUCUAUGAGAAUGGAGACGUUUGCAUCUCCAUCCUGCACCCUCCUGUGGACGACCCUCAGAGCGGAGAGCUGCCCUCGGAGAGAUGGAACCCCACACAGAACGUCAGGACCAUCCUGCUGAGCGUCAUCUCCCUGCUGAAUGAGCCCAACACCUUCUCCCCCGCCAACGUGGACGCCUCCGUCAUGUACCGCAAGUGGCGGGACAGCAAGGGCAAGGACCGGGAGUACGCAGAGAUCAUCAGGAAGCAGGUGCUGGCCACCAAGGCGGAGGCGGAGCGGGACGGUGUGAAGGUGCCCACCACGCUGGCCGAGUACUGCGUGCGGACGCGCGCCCCGCCCGCCGACGACGGCUCCAACCUCUUCUACGACGACUACUACGACGACGAGGACCUGGACGAGGCCGACGACGACGCCGACCAGGACUGUUGCUACGACAACGACGACGACUCGGGCACCGAGGAGUCCUGACAACCGUCGUCGUGUCCUCCUCCUCCUCCUCCUCCUCCUUUACCCAUCCCUUCCCCUCCCUCAGCCUCAAACUGAACUUUG